UCCAAAAAUAUUUCUCCUUUUUGCUUUCAUUUUGGACAGUUUUGCAUUUGGUAUUUACCUGGGUUCAUUCCUCCACCCCACAAAUGAUAACAUUUACCUUUUGUAUUUAGGAGACUUCUGUAAUAAAUUCUCACUGUUCUGGUGGGAUUCAUUUCCAACUGCCCUCAACUGUAGUUGUAGUUCUUCCAAGGCCUUGUUCACCUGGACUCCCAUGUCGAUCCUUCCUUUGCUGACCAAGCACUUUAUUCAAGAUUAGAUCCUCUAAUAAUCUGGACGCUUGUGUGCUUUAUAUGAAAUGUUAUGUUUCAUUGUGGUUGUUUGGCAUUGGCCUAGCAUACUGCAUGCACCAAAUCUCUGCUGUCAUAUCCACACAAGGUCGUUGGAAUUAUCACAGCAUUUAUUCUCAUGACUAGCUAUAAAGAUAAUUGAAAUUGACAAUAUACUAAAAUGUAUUGUCAACCGAUUUCUCUUCAUUUCUAUAAAAUUGCCGUUGCUAUCUGUACAGCGGAGAUGCUGCUCUCGCGAGAGUUGCACAGACGAGUUAUUUCGAUACGAAGGGUUGCGCUGGUGGGUAAGUGCACGAGCUCAAGGAGAUUGUACACAAAGAUAUCGCACGUGUACCGAUUUCUUGGCAUUAGUGGGGAUUUAAGUGUUAAGAAAAACGAGUCUGUGAUAAAUGCACAUCCUUCAUGUAUUAACAUUAGUAAAUACAGUUAAUAUGGCGACCGUACUAUGCAGAUGUUAAGGCGGUGUGGAUAGGACGAGCAAGCAAGCUAGUUGGUGAUGCGGAGGAGUGGUGUGUAAACAAAACCAUCGCACAUUGUUUUGUAAGAUUGCGCUGAAUUAUUUUUUGAACAAUUCUAAGUAAUUGGGUUUCAACUGUUUCUUCUGCAUAAACGCACUAUGACGUCGAGUGUCAUCUUUCACAAUUCGAGUUUCCACUAACCAUUUUGAUAAGAGAUUUUUUUUGUUCUAACCCCAACAAUAUUCUCACUCCUGAUUGGAAAAGACCAUGCAUUUACAAGAGGAAGCUGCCAACUUUCCAUCAAUAAGCUAUGUCCCCAAGAUAAAAAUCUUUGAAAGAGCCUAUAAGCGAUUUACAAAUGAAGACCAUUUGGCUGUCCACGAACACAAACAUGAGAUGACACUAAAGUUUGGUCCAGCAAGAGGCAACAGUGUCACAGUAGCCGACCCAAAGCCAACACCUACACUCUUUUUGAAGUACUGUGAGGAAGUUGGACUCUUCAACGAGCUUACCAGUGUCCCUAUGGAGCAUGACUUCAAAAUAGCUGCUGUGGAUGACAUCAACAAGGUGCCCUUGGAUUUGUCGCCUCUUGCCACACCGAUGAUCAUACAUAACAAAAUUGAGGACCACUCAGCUGUGGUGGCACAUUGGGACAGCCCUCUGCCCCAUCCAGAAUCUACAACAAGGGAUGACAAGUUAUCUUUGCAGCCGUCCUCACUGCCAAGCUCUACUAUAGUCCAUCCUGCAUCUCUCCAAGUCCCCAAUGUGCUUCUAGCAACCUCAGAUGCUAGUGUUGUUAUACAGCAAGCUCUCCCAUCGCCAACAUCUAGCUCUGUAAUUACCCAAGCCUCAUCCUCUAAAAGGCCAAUAGUGUAAUCCAGUCUCUGGCACUUUCCCCAUACUCUUUCAGCUGCCUAAUGGACAGACCAUGCCCGUCGCUAUCCCAGCAACCAUUGCAUCCCGUGUACACAUUCCAAUCGCCAUUCCUCAGUUACAAUAUUUUUGAACCUACUGGUGAUCAUCUCCAUCUCUCACUUCAAGCAGCUCCACACUCCAACCAACCUGCUCAUCCUCUCUCUGGCUGUGUCAGAUCUCC